GUUGACCAUAUGGGUGGGCCUAGGAUCAGGUAAGGAGCUCAGGUCGUCGGCGGAGACGCUGAGCCGUCGCUCCACGUACGGCGUUCUCUCCUCCGCGUGCGGGGACCGGAGUAAAUGCGACGGCCGAACACCCAACUAACCCCUAUACCGUAUCUAUCUGGAAGGGGCUAGGAUCGCUCGACCCCGUCCUCUCCCAGGGCGAUCGACUGUGACGCCAUUUUUGUGUGCAUCUCGUAGGGAGAUUUCUGCAGCCGGCGCAGGACCGGGCAUGGAAGAAGCAGGCAUGGAGUUCCUUCUGGACGCCGUGGACAGGUUCCCCUUGCUUGAGGAAUUCGCUGACAGCGUUGAGCAGCCAGAUCCAGUUCCUCUGGCGCGGAUGCAAGCGAACGAGCCUAGUUACGCGGGUAGCGCUGUCUCAAAAGAUGAUUCUGGAUGCGGGCAACAGAUUGGCGAAGUUGAGGUGAACGAAAGGCAACCUGCUGCUCGCCGCCGUACGAACACAUCUCCAACUCGAUCUACCCAGUCAACUGACAGGGUGAACCCAGAAGCCCCCGGGUGGACUAAAAGGUUACAGCUAGGGAGCGCGCCACCGGACAGGACACCAUGUCCCAGCCGUAUGAGCGCUCUGGAGGAGUCGAUGCGCAAGUAUGCUGAAGAACCCAGCAAAAAUGUGGUGCGGCCGACACUUGGUCUAACUUUUGAUUCGCUUGGUGAGGCAUACGACUUCUACAAUUUGUAUUCCUGGGAAACCGGUUUCGGCAUUAGAUAUGGAAAGAGCCGGCUGAACGUUGAGAGGACAAAGUGCAUGCAAGAAAUAGUGUGCGGUUGCUCGGGGAAGCCAGAAGCAGAAAAUAGUAGAUCAUGCAGGUGUGAGUGUCCAGCUUUGAUAAGAUUGUUGCGAGCAGCGGACAACAGCUGGUACAUUACAGAACACAGAGAGAACCAUAAUCAUUCAAUGUCAUUGACAAUGGGUGAGAAAGUUCAAUGGCCGUCGCACAAGAACAUUGAUGUGUACACUAAGGAUCUCAUAAAACAGCUACGGGAGAACAAUGUUAACCUUGGCAAGGUGUACAGCAUAAUAGGAAGUUUCUUCGGGUCGGUUGAGAAGGUUCCAUGCACUAAGAGGACCCUGAGGAACAUAUGCGGGAAGAUCAGUCGGGAGCAGGCUGAUGAUGAUGUUAGGAAGACACUUGAAGUGUUCGCUGACAUACAGGCUGGUGACCCUGGUUUCACAUACAGAGUGCUGGCUGAUGAUACAAGCAAAGUGAAGAACCUGAUGUAGGCAAAUGGGAGCAGCCGUAUGCAGUACCGUUUCUUUGGAGAUGUUGUCACUUUUGACACAACAUAUAGGACUAACUUGUACGACAUGCCUUUUGGAUUAUUUGUUGGGGUAAACAAUCAUUUUCAGAGCAUCAUCCUACCUGGGGUGCUGAUGCGCGACGAGCAGCAAGAGAGCUUCGAAUGAGUUUUCGCCGAGUUCCUUCGAAUGAUGGGAGGACCUGCCCCAAAGACUAUCUUGACAGAUCAGUGUAGAGCUAUGGAACUAGCUAUCAAGAAGGUGUAUCCAGAUACGGUGCAUAGGUGGUGCAAGUGGCACGUGCUGAAGAAAGCAAAGGAGAGUCUGGGACCUUUGUACACCAAAAAAAUGACUUCCAAGCUGAUUUUCACAAAGUCGUGAACCACAUGUUAACCGAAGAUGAGUUCGAGACGGCAUGGGGUAUGUUGCUGGAUAAGUACAAUUUGCGGAAGCACGCAUAUAUGACACAGAUUUAUGAGAUUCGAACAAAGUGGGCCAAACCAUACUUUAGAGGUGUUUUCUAUGCCAAGAUGACUAGCACACAACGGAGCGAGAGUGCCAAUCAUAUGUUGAAGACAUACAUGCCCCCAGCUAGCCCCAUGCAUGUGUUUGUGAGGCAGUAUAUGCGACUGCAAUUUGACAGGGAGCAUGAAGAGAGCUACAAGGAGAAAAGAACUAUGAUUGGAGGUGCAGUGAGAAGAACAAAUUUGGCUAUAUAGAGGCACGCCAGUAAAAUAUACACCCGAUCUAUGUUUGAGGAGUUUGGGAGGUUGCUGAUGGAAGCCACAACAUAUAACAUAACGGAGAUAGAGAAAAUGAAGAAGUAUGUGGCAACCCACAAUAAUGCGGCAAAGAGAGAGAGACAGAGAUGGAGUAGAGUUGUUUACGAGGUUACUAUCGCGGAUGAUCAAAAGGAGUUUACUUAUGAGUGUGGUCAAUUCGAACACACUGGUUUGCUGUGCAGCCACAUUCUAAGGGUAAUCGAAAUACUACACCUAGAACAUAUUCCAUCUAAACAUAUUGUGAAAAGGUGGACGAAGGACGCAAGAGACAUUCUACCAAGCCAUCUGCAGCGGUACCAAAAGGACAAGCGGACCAACACAUCAUUCACAUGGAGGCAUUCGACACUGUACUUCAAAGCUAUGGACGUCGUUCGAAUGGGGGAUGCGAGUGCAGAAUCGUCUGAUUUCAUGCUAGCUGGGAUGGAAGAUCUACUAGUACGUGGAGCACCUAUUGCAGAGAGGAGAGAUGGCCUCGGGUUUGAGGAUCGGGUGACAACCUUAGACCCUGUGAGGCAAAAUGAUAAUGGAGAAGUUGCUUUGGUGCUCGGUACAGGUGCCGAUAAAGAGAAUAGCAUGACACAUUCUGUCAGCGUCAAUGACUUGGAAGGGCUCACAGCACCCGCUAAACAGAGGGGGGUUGGUAGGCCAACCAAUAGCAGGGAGAAGGCAUCGUACGAAGGACUCAGUCAAUGUACACAUUUCUGCAGCAUUUGCAGGAGGGAAGGACACAAAAGAACUACAUGUCCUGACAGAGGGGACGCACCAAAAAAGCCGAGGAAACCUGGUUGAUGCAAGAACUGCGGAAUCGAAGGUCACCGUCGGAAAACAUGCACGAGGCCAUUGGGGUUCGCUGCAAACUAAUUUUCAACAUUCAUGUCUUAUGGUUUGCCGAUCGGAAUUUACUAGUUUGUUGUACUACGAACUGCUCUUUGCAUGCUUAUCUCCACUUAGAUGAUAUUCAUAGUUGCAUGAUGAAAAAAGAUUAUGUAGUGUCAGCUGUUCGUCCAUGCUCUAUGACAAUGUAGCAAGAUAAAAUGUGCUGGACUUGAGUGAGGACUUACGUGUUUCGUAUUGACUGAAGCUGAAAUGUUUAUUUGACUGUCA